AUGACAUCUAAUAAUGAUAAAAGAAUGGAAUCUUUAUCUCAAAUGAUGUCAGAAGGGUUAGCAAAAAAAGUGGAGAAAGCAUUGUUAGAAGUAUUGGAAAUGGCAAUAUGCCAGAAUUUUAAAGAGAGUAGUAAAUUUGUUAGAGAUCAUCUUAGCUAUGUAAAAAAAUUGUGA